CUAAAAUCUGGACUCAGGACAUUAAGUUUUUAGAUAAUGAUGAUAAUUUUUUUUUCAAGAGAAUUUUAUUGAUGAUCAUCGCUUAUUUCGCCGAAAUCGACGUUUAUGUUUUCAUAAUGAAGAAAAUGGUGAUUAUGCCGGUUAUCCUUCAGAUUAUUAAAACCUGCAUGAAAAAUAAAAAGAUUAAAGGAUCUUCUUUGCCGUUGAUCCUUUUGGAGCAUGCAUUGUAUAUUUUAUCGCUGUUGGCACCACGGAUGAAAACAGAAUUUGUAAAAUUCAAAGGCACAUACAUGUAAAAAAGAAAAAACAAAAGUAGAAAAAAAAUAAACGAGAAUUUAACACAAAAUAAAAAUACAAUUAAAUACCUAUAGAUUAUCUGCGAUGCUUGGUGUUUUGAAUACGGAAUUUGAUGAACAUCUUGCGAUGAUUGUUACGAGAACAAUCUGCUCGAUAACCCUACAAGAGGACGCUCUUCUAUUGGAAGAUUUCCGAAGACACGAAAUGAUAACCUUGAUAAUUAAAUUAAUUAAUAAUAUACUGGGUUUAAAAAAAUUCACGAUGAUAAGGCAACGAAUCUUAACGUUACUGCUGAUCGCCUUAGAGAAUUUGGCGAAAAAACAGACGUCAGUUCAGCAGAUGUAUGGAAAACAAAGCAUCGAGUUUGUCAUAAAAAUCUUUAGAAAAUAUUUAUAUAAAGAAAACGAAAAUUUCCAAGUGGAUCAGCGACUUUUGUUAGCGAUUGGCUCUUACGUUUGGGAAUGCGUGGCACGAUGUUCCAUGAAUCUUGAAAUAUUCCUUAAGAAUGGCGGAUUAUACUUCAUGCUGGAUAUCAUCGAAAUCGCGAGCUAUCCCGUGAGAUGUUUAUAUCUCGGUGCGCUGACUGACAUGUGCGAUCAAACCUUUUGUGGGCCAUAUCUCUGCACUUGGAGAGGCGCUGAUAAGAAGACGGGACUGAUAUCCUUACUCGCGAUCGUUUGGCGGAAAGAGGAAGACAGAAUCGGCGUCAAAAGGCAGGCCGAUGGUUCAAUAACAGAUCCUGAAUUACCUCAGAUGGGUACUAAGCAAUGGACAGAUACUUAUCGUUCACAGCUGACGGCAGAUGCCAGCCCCACUAUAAUCGACAUGAUCGGUUCAACGCGAUCGAAAAUCUUUAGUAUUCUGAAAAUCAUCGAAAAGGAUAGCGAUAAAUAUGAAUUUGCUAGAAAGCAUUACAAGAUCCUGCUCCACGAAUUGCCAAUAAAAGAUCGCGUAACUUUAUGCUGCAUCGACAUGUACCUGCGACUGAAGCUGGGUCAAAUGUGGACGGAGCUCAGUAGAUACCUCGAGCAUGCCGGAAUCACACCGUUAAUUGUGGACGCGCAUUUAAUCGCUCACAUGGUACAGUGGCAUCGUUCCUGGGGUAUACUAAUCAAGGAGAAUCAGAAGAAGCUGAUCGCGGCCAUCAAGAUUGCGGAUGAGAUCGCGGAAAGGGAAGAGUUAGUGAAGAUACGCGAUUCCAAGCUGGCACCGACCUUGGACGCAUUGAACGAGGUCGAUCGUAUCCGUCGCACGACCGAAAGAUCGUACAUGUUGCGUAAAAAGGAUCAGCAGAGACGACAAGUUGACGCUGCCCUGUCAUUUCCGUGUGACGCCGACGAAGAGCGAUGUCACCGAACGUAUUCGGACAAAGCAAACGUCACGGCUAUUCUCAGACAACAUCAAUCGAUUGACAGCUCGCACUUAGGGGAUAUACGUGACAUUAUAGAAUUACUCCCCGUGUCACCUGAGGAUUCACUCCGUGAAGAAACCGUUUCUUCCUUCAACACCGUUUCCAAUGAUUCUUAUUUUUAUGAAUGUCAGUUUGCAAAAGAAUACCUCAUCGAGAGCCUAAAUCACUAAUCUCUAUAUUUACGUUAUUAAAUAUUCGAAACAUAAAAAACAACAUAUAGAACUAAACAAUUAAUUGCAAUAAUUAUAUCUUCUUAUCCUCGUGACAAGCGAGACAAUAUUAUAUAUAUUAUCUUGCUACGAUAGAACAGUUAUCCACCUUGUCGACAAGAAUACCUAUCAUCAAGAGAGUAUCAUAUCUUGAUAGUAUAAUUAAUCUAACUUAUAUCAAUUUAUAUUCUAAAUAAAUGAGCCAAAUUCGA